AUGCCUGAAUUACAGAUGGAUGUGGCAGUGGCCAACAGAUUCAUCUCAAGCUUGAGUAAAUCAUUGCAGGCCUUGUGCCAUGGCUGUAUGGACUUUGACACUGGCAUAGAAAUUGUUGGCUAUAUCAAUGUCAAUAUUGAUUGUGGAAGCAAGGUAGACUAUGUACUUAAUGAGAAGGUCUUGAAAAGCACCACAAAUUCUAUGACUUUUGUAAGCAACAGUUUUCUUGCUAAAAAGGAUCAGCCAAAGCAGACACGAGAUGGUACAUGUUCACCCAUCCCAGAGCUAAACCCACCGCCAGUUUCUCCAUUUCAGAAUCGCUCUCGAGGAUAUUUCCAUGGGACGCAUCCCCGAAACAUAGCCCCAGUUUCUCACUCUAACGUGCAGCAUGGUGCACAAAAGCGCUCGUGGGCAGGUAUGGAGAGGGACUGGAGAAUGUCUCCAAAAAAGCAAAGAGGUGGAAGACCUUUUUAUCCAUCAACCCAUGAGUCCGGUUCUGCAUCUCAGGAUACUCAUUCAAAUAGUUCAUCUUCCAGCCAUCCUGCUGCAGAUUCAGAAUUUAAACAUCCACAGACCUCAUUUCAGGGUUCAGAUGCAAGCAACUUUGACAGUCAGUCAGAAGUUAAUAUUAAAAAGGAAUUUCUUGAAAAUGACACUAGCAGAGAAACAGGCCUCAAUGAGCAGGAUCAGUCACAAUCAUUUGAUCAGAAUCCAGAUGACAGUUCAGAUCCAGUUUCUGGUGUUGCCAAUAUUAAAAGAGAUCCAGAUGCAUCAGCUGCCGACGUUGACGAUGAAACAUUGGCAGCUGACCGAACUGUUAAUGAAUCUGAUGAUUAUAAGGACACAUUUCUUGAGCCGUCAGCUUCUGAAGAUAAUCAAGCAGCCACAGAAAAUAAUAGAACUGAUUCAGGUGUACGUGAUGAUAUUCGGACAGUAAGUGGUGGUUCAGCUCCAGAGAUUUCUACAGAGGCUGAAGAAAAUGUAGCCACAGGCUCAGAAAUGCAAGGUGAUUAUGAUGAAGGGGCAGAGGAAGGAGCCUACCCUCAAUCUGUUUACUCUGACACUGGUGAGGGUUCAAGUGAUGCCGGCCAGUUUGAAGUCAUUGAAAUCGAUGAUGAGGAUGAAGAUGUCCAAGCAAUGUUCGGAGGGCCUCUUCUGUGGUAUUCCCAGCAAGCAAGGUAUCGGACACACAGUCAUCCAGGUACACAUGGGGAGAGUGAAGGGCAAAAUCAACAUCAACCUUCACCGGCCCGCACUGUCAGCAUAGCACACUGUAUGCAUUGUGGGCAGGUCAUGCCUAAGAGUGUGCUAAGGCAUCAUAUGUUACAGAAACAUGGUGAUCAGAUGCCGUACCAGUGCUCUUUGUGUGGAAAGGGUUUUCUUAGCCACACGGGUCUCAGCCACCACUUGAUGGCUCAUGAAGGCAGGAAAUUUGUGUGUCCCGUGUGUGAUUCUAAGUUCAAUCAGAAGCCCCACUUGAAGUAUCAUCUGAAUAAUGUACACAAGGUUUCACAGUGCCCAGCGUGUUUGCAGACAUUUAACAUUGGAGAUGAGUUCAACAAGCACCUUUUAACGUGUAGUUAA